GCACUGUUUGUUGUGUUUUGUGUUGCUUGUGGUUAACCCUGAUCUUUUUUCCGUAGCUUAAAAAAUGCAGGGAGUAUACGCCAUAGGAAACCCUUUUUUUCUCAUUCCUCUCACCUCCAGUCUCACGGGUUUGGUGACGCAGGGGCUGCCCAACCGAGUGGCUCCUGUGCAGCAUAAGCAAUAUUAUAUUAUACAAUUUUGUAAUGAUUUGUCUACCUCAGCAUGCACCUCUAGCGCAGUGGAGAUGAGCCGGGGUUUGCUGCGCGGCGUCCUCCAGCGAGCCCCUGGAGAGGGUGGCCCUGUCUCCAGUGCUGGUGUCCGGCAGAUUUGUCCCUUUGCAGGGUGGUGAUCGAUGGCACGUUCUGUGCUCACCAGCAUCCUUGUAUUUCACGUCAUCUCGUGCCCUUUGCAUGCAGGCUGUGUAACUCUUUCAUUUUUUGAUAUCAAGAAUUUAUGAAUCAAAAGGUGGGGGAGUGUGGAGGCUGAGUCAGAUCGUGAAAAAGGAAAGCCAAAUGAGAGCGUGCAAUUGCAUAUCACAUUUACAAACAUGGUUUCAUUCAUCUCCAUAUGUUGCUCCUGUUACUACUAAUAAAGCUCUGGUUUCUCAGACUGGAGCUACCCUGGGAACACUGAUCUUCCUGGUGUUUUUUCUCUAUAGCCUCCAUAGUAUUUGUGUUACAGUAUGUUAUUUUCCUGAUUAUGUUUUCAUUAUAUUGAACAGGUUAAUAUCAGAAAAAAUUUGAUAAUAUGAAUGUACUUCCCACACACUCCCUCUUGUUCCUAUUAUUUGAUGUUCUGGGGAGUGACAGUUUAUUUACAGGCAGCAAUUUCUUUCCCUCUCUACUGAGUAAAUUAACUAAUUAUAAUAACAAAAAAAAAAAAAAGCUUUUUUCUUGAGUGCUUACCCCUGUUUCCUUCCUCUUUCUUUCCUCAUUUUGCUAAUGAUAGCCAAAUCCAGCAUGGUGAUUUUGGACCUGCAGGAAAUUUACCUUUAUCUACUCAAAGAUUUCUACAGAAGCCUCUAUGGGCAAAGGGAGCCAGAGACAAAGGUCUACUUUAAGCAGAAUGGUGUCUGGGGUUUACUUCCCCAGCAGGGAGGUACAACUGUAGAGUGUUCAGUAAUUAAUUUAAUCCAGCGUUGAGAGAGAAGAAUUAUUGUAUUGGGAAAGAGGUUUUUGUCAAGUAUCAGAUGUAAGAUUUAAGCAGCAAUUUCAAUGACCUUUGUGAUUUCUGUUUCAGACAAAAGGCAGCAACCUAGGACAAGGGUAUCAUUACCUUCUCCCAGCAUUGUCCUUUGUUCUCCUUGGGUUUAGCCUGUCACUUCCUAGGGUUUGCCUCUGUCCCUUGUUGGGACAGCGGCACCUCUCACCCGUGACUCUCAGAAGUGCUGUGCUAGCAGGUGAUUUAUUUUCCCCCACUGCUCAUUUCCCAUCUCUGCUGUGCAAGGUCUUUUUUUCUUCUUGUGGCCCUUCUUAUGAGUUUCUCUUUCCUGUGUCUUAUUUAUACUUAAGUAUUUCUGCCUUACCAAACAUUGUGGUCAUUACUUUAUCUUCCUCCUCUGUUUUUUUUUUCCACUCAUUUCUUUUCUCUCAUUUUUGUUCCCUUUCAUAUAUCUUCCUCUUACAUCUCUUUUUUUCCCCUCUGUGUCAUUCUUUUUAAAGCCUCUCCUUCUCUCUCUCCUUUCUGACAUCUCACUUCUCUCCACUGCCUAACUCUACCUUCCUCUUGACUUUUCUUCUCCAAGCUAUUGCUUUGGUCACUGUCCUUUUCCUCCCUUAUAUUUACAUAAAUUUUACUUUAAUAUUAUGUAUAUAUAUGUAUAUAUAUAUAUUUCCACUCCACAUCUUUCACUCUCCAGCUGAAAACAAGGAAUUACUCAUGCUGAUAGUCUGAUUCUAUUUCAUCUCUUUCUUAGCACCUGAAAUACACUGCUCCUGCCCAUCCUCAAACAUAUGUAUUGGGUAGACUGAAGAACUAUGUGGAAAAUGUUCCUAAAUUCAGAUGUGUACUUGAGAAAGCAUCUUGCUCAGGCUGCACUGUGAACAAAGCAGAUGUUGUGCUCCCACUGACAUUAUUAGAGGAGGACUUUAGGCCCCUUGAAGAAAGAACCUCAAGAACCUAAUGACAUUCUUUUUAUGCUUCUCAAUUUCAGGGGGGGUUUGGUAAAUAAAAAGACUUACAUUUUAAGUGAGGGACUCUGUCAUAUCUUUGAGAUAUCCCUUGGAUGCUGGACUGACCCAAAAUAAGACCUCCCAAAACGUUUUUCUUUCUUCCCCCCCAGUUGUUUUGUUUUAUGCAUUUGUUAAGCCAACAUUGUGCAGCUGUUGGAAGAAAUAGCUGCACAAAAGUGGCUUAAAAAAUGCAAAAUUGGAGAAAUGCUUUCUCCUCAGCAGAGCUAAGCUCUUCCUUUGGAAAGGGCUCUGUGUGGGGUGAGACUGGGAUUUCAGCUUGUCAGCUUCCCUUUUUUCUGGAGCCAGAGGGAGAGGAGAGAGCUGUGACUGCAGGAUCAUAUGCAUUGGGUGGGAGAUGGAAGAAUAGAUGCAUAACCCAAAAAUGCUACAUUAACCUCAGAGGGCAGGGAGAAAAGUUGUUUAAUAAUUUUUUCCCUUGGCUGUCACUGACUACAAACAUCAUCACUGAGGAUUAAGGGCAAUUGUUAGAUUUUGCUAUUUAGAUAAGAGUCUUAGUUUUUAAAAAUAUAAUUUAUUCUUUAAACUACUUUUUUCUGUGUUGUUCAAAGAGCUUACUACUAACUGGCUGGAAUGAAAACAGCUCCAUCCCACGGAUUCCACCUCCACUUUCUGGCAGCUUACCUGACUCAUAAAGAGAGUGGGGGGUUUUAUGUGCCACCUACAGCAGCUCAACAUUUUCCUUUGUGGUGAGACUUAAUCACCAUCCUUGUCAUAUUAUUUCAUCGACCUUCUUGGAGUAGGAAUCCUUUACCUUUCAAACCAGCCUUAAAACUUCCUAUAAAAAUAGGGCAAUGGUUUUUUCCUGAAUUUGGUGAAAGUGCCUAGGUGGUCCAAUGUAGCAAGGUUUUCUGUGUUAUUUUUUAAAAGAUAACUUUUACCUGAGGACUGUGGAAGAGAGAGUUUCCAUUUGCAGAGGACAUAUCUGUGACACAAGAUGUGUCACCUGGAGAGUUGAAAUCCAUCAGCUGAAGGUAGAGGACCAUCCCCCAGGUAAUCACUGCAGGUAGUGUGUGCUGAGGGGCAAACUGGGGGCUUUUAGCCACCAUGGUCAAGGAUGAGAGUGGGCAAAAUUUGUCAGAGACAGUGCCUAUAUUAGAGUCAGGAAAGACAGACAUGCCUUUGGGCACAUCAGAUCUCUCAUUAUAACCUGUUUGUGUAACCUCUGUGGCUGUCUCUUGUAGGGAGAGAGAUCAUGUGAAGUAGACUGAUAUUUGUCAAGCAGAAAAUACUGCUGAGAGAAGACUGCAAAGUUGAAAUGAAAACAAUAAAUAAAUAUAUAAAUAAAUAAAACCAAUAAAUAAACACAAAGGUGGCAAUGCAAUAGGUAAUGUGUACAGGAGGCAAUGGAAGAAGGGGUAGGAGAACAGAACCACCCCAUGUGGUUGGGAGUUACAAAGAGGACAUGAGUUAUGCUAGAAAGCUGGGGCAGAAAGCAUUUGACAUUUUUUCUGCAGAAAUUCUUGGAAGGGCAGAAAGGAAGGUAUUCUGGAGCUCAGCACUUAAAGAUAGAACCAAGUGUGAAGAGAGGCCAGGGAAGGCAUUUGGUAAGAGUCUCCUCAUUUCUCUGUCACAAAGGCAGGUAGAAACAAGGAACAGCAAGGAAAGGGGAACAUUGAAAGGACUGAAGUGAACCAUUGGUAAAUAUCGAAGAAGGAAGUGUAGGGAAGGGAAGCUGCUUGCAGGUUAACAGAAAGGCAGAAUUCCUCUUUGGUCCUCUGGAGGACCUGGAAAUUGACUGCGUGACAAGUGGGGUUCUACAAGAUGGGAGACAGAGAACAUUCUGUCAGGAAGGAGCUGUCUGACCACACCUAAUAUAAAUACAGGCUGUUUUCAUUCUUUAUGUGUUUGUCUUAAAAUGCACUGCAGGUGCAGCAGCUCUGCCCUGAAGAUAUGGAGGCUGCAGCUGUCCUGACCUCCCAGUACCACCAUCCUCCUUCUAGCAUGCCAGAAUUAACCCCAUAUUAUCUCCUCUUCUGCACUGGGAGUCCUCAGCCCAGCCCCAGUCAUCCUCCUUACCAAGUGCAGCUGCUUGAUAACUGGGACACAACUCAAGAAAAGGACUUGGCAGUCACCUGCAAAGAUGUGCUUCUGGAAGCAGAGGCACUAAUGAGCUCUGUGGAGGGAGUGUGCUGGGGAGGCACCAGCAGGGAGGGAGGAGAGCAAAGGGUGAGCACUUCAUCUGAGGGAGAAACAGCUUGGGAGGCUGUUGGACUAAAGCAGUGGGGAAACUAAGGGCAUGGAAAGCGCAGGAGGAAAGUGCAUGUGGGAGGAUGGAGCCAAGGAUGGUUAAAAAUAACAGUCUUGUACAGCUAGUAUGGCACUCCACUGGCAUUUUAAACCUGCUGCCUUUCUGAGUUUUGAAAAGUGAGCUUUACAUUUAAUUGUUCUAAUUGCUACUGACCAUCCAGGACCACUGCCAUUUUGUCCAGCAGCCCCCAUUUUCUUCACUGCUGGUCCAGUGGUUGCAACCAGGUCUUCAGCAUAUUGCUCUUUGCAUCCUUGCCUGAUGUAAAUAUUGGUGUAUCUCCAGUUAUACCUUGAUUUCUCUGGAAGGGAGAUGGUGUUUUUUAGCUUAAUGUAAGCACAGUGACUAGCACACUAAAUUCAUGCAAUAAUGAUCUAUCACAAAUUACAGGUAAAUCAAAGCACUAUUCACAAGCAAUUUGUACAGUGUGGAAUUUGGGCAUGGGCUAACUUGACAGCCAUUUCUUUUAAAGUUUAUGGAGAGCUGCCAGUUUUUCAGCCCUGUGGCUGUUCAAAGUACUGUGGUAGUCUCUGUAUGAAUACCACAUGUGAGACAGGACCAAGUGGCACAGACCUGCUGGGGCUUUGAACCUCCUGGCACUUGGAAUGGAUGUGAGAAAAAGAAGGAAGGAACAAUAAAUAAAAGAAUAAAGGAAAGAGAAGUACAAAGUGAAGGACAUCUGUGCAUUCUGAUAACAAUUCUUCAGUAGCACAGCACCAUAAAAAAAUGUUGCCUGGUUAAUGUAGAGCAGUUACUUGUUAUGCUGGAGCCAUUUCCUAGAAUUUUUAUAAUAUCAAGUUUUGUCUUUGAAAUAUGGAAGGAAUGGAUUUCUUUGUCUUUCUCUGCUCUUCCCUUGCCUUUAUCCUCCCAGUUCCAAGUAAGGAUGUAAGUGAGGUUCCCUUUCAUCUCCAGUGUCAAUUUAUUCAUGAACAUUAUAAAACUGUUUGUCAGUUCUUGUUUCAGAGUUUACUUUUACCUUCAAUAACUCUAGUGUCUUUAGUGCUUGCCCCCAUCUGUUUCUGGAGGAAAGCCAGCUUGUCUCUUCAGGGGAGCUUUGCCAGACCUGGCUAUCCCAGCCCUGCUUCUCUCCUUCCAUCUAACAGACUCUCCAUUUUCCUGUUUCCUACAGAAGAUGACCUCUAAUGCUCAGAGGACUCUCUGCCUGUGGUAAUGUGAUAUGGUGGCAGCAGCAGAAAAAAGUGUUUCUCUGAAACCCUGACCCUCUGUGGGAAAGCUGACUGGAGUGUAAUUGUAGCAGGUGCUGUACCAACUGGGUGUACCCCACACACAUUUAACAGCAUCUCCAAGACACUGCAAAAGAGCUCUCAGGAUGCCAGAGCCAGCAAAGUCAACCUCAGCCCCCAAAAAGGGCUCCAAGAAGGCCGUGACAAAGACGCAGAAGAAGGGCGACAAGAAGCGCCACAAAAGCAGGAAGGAGAGCUACUCCAUCUACGUGUACAAGGUGCUGAAGCAGGUGCACCCUGACACGGGCAUCUCCUCCAAGGCCAUGGGCAUCAUGAACUCCUUUGUCAACGACAUCUUUGAGCGCAUUGCCGGCGAGGCCUCGCGCCUGGCGCACUACAACAAACGCUCCACCAUCACCUCGCGGGAGAUCCAGACGGCCGUGCGCCUGCUGCUGCCCGGCGAGCUGGCCAAGCACGCCGUGUCCGAGGGCACCAAGGCUGUCACCAAGUACACCAGCUCCAAAUAGCUCUGUGGCUGUCCCCUCUGCAGCGGCACCAUCGAGUGCAGGGCCCUCCAUGCCAGCACAGGCAGGCAGCCAUGGUCUGGGUGAAUGGUCACAGCUAUUGUCCACAGCAAUCUGCAACUGGGGAUGGGCAUGGGAAGCUGCCCAGAGGAGGAGGAGACAGUGAUCUGGAUAUCAGCUGGUUUCCAUCAUCUGCUCAGGAUGUGGGAAGGACCUGCCGAGGCUGGCAGUGGAGGCCCCUGCUUUUACAUCUCAUUCAAAGAACUGACCAGCCAUGGUUUAUCCAGUCUCCUCUGUGCUUGGCUAACAUUCCUGUUUGGCACUGGGACUGGGGGACUGGCAGCAGCAACACAGAGACACCCUCACUGAAGUCUUCCUGUUUGACCGCUUUCUCACAGUCAUCUGAUAUGGGUACUGAGGAGUCAGCAUCCUCUCCCUCAGAGCCCGAAUCCCUCCUGGUGCGCAGUGCCUCAGCCCACCCCGUGCUGGCAGAAGUGGCAUCAGCAGCUCCCAGGCACAUAUUGAUUCAACAGCUGUCUCUGCUUGACAGCCUGUUUUAAAGAGCAAACCUGGCAGGCAGGCAGAUGCCCACGUUGAUAGCAAGCACUAAUCCUCCUCCUUGCUCCUGACGGAUGAGCCAUGGAGCAGGAUGAGGGUGCUGGAGCUGCCCACUGCCUCCCACCUUGUGCUGAGGUGGAGGGAUGGACAAGUGGGAUGUUGGGAGUGGGUCUCUGUCUUUCCUGGCUGCUGCUUUGCCUGCCUUAGGACUUGCUUUGGCAUGCAAGACAUUGCUAAUUCUGCUGCUUUUCAGAGACUUUUCCUGCCUUGAUGCUGCCUGGGUGUUCCCUUCCACCAUAAGUGUGGGCAAGAUGGGGUGGUGCCCAUGGGGGUCCCCUCUCUUGUGAGCAAUAGGAUGGUGCAGGACAAACAGCACAGAUGUUGUGGGCAGGGACUGAGGAUUUGGGAAGCAUCUGGUGUGGGAGCACAGGUGGUCAGUGCAUUUUGAGGGGUGGGAGGAAGCUGGAUCCCCUCAGAGAUCACUGCAGGCAGCUCACCUGGCCCUGCCCUCCCUAAUUCAUUCAGCAGUUAGAAAGCAAAAGCAAAACUGGGGGCUGGGUGGAUAUAUAGGGACACUUACCUGCAUCCCAGAUAUUUAAAAGAUUAAAUACUUUUAAACUAUUUCAGAUAGUCCCCUUAUCUUUUCAAAGUCCAGAGUAAGGUGAGCAAUAAUAAAAUCAUGAUAAAGCCAUAGAGGUUAAGAGAGGAAUGUCUUGGUUACAGGUUUAUCUUGCCCAGACUGCUGGAUAACAGAAGGGCCUGUGUAGAACUGGUGUGAAGUUGAAGCUUCCUACUCAAACCACAAAAUUAGCCAACAUUAAAAAAAAUCAAAGCCUCUGGUAGGCAGUAACAUUCAAACAAAAAAUAUUCAUGUCUAAAAUAACAACAGCUUUCUGCACUUACUCUGUAAAUAAAAGGAGCAGUAAAGAGAUAGGAUCCAGAACUAAGUGCAGAUUCUCCCUAAGCUUCAGGACCUUGCUUUUAAUUAAAAGGUAAGUUCAUAUCCCAAAAUAGCAGCCAUGCAGUACAUUUCUAUCUUUCCCCUGCCUUUAUCUCUAUCCUAUUUCUUUACACUUUGAGAGUGAUUGGGACCUUUGGCAAAUUUAUGUUGCUUUUGGAGCUGUAGGACUCUGCAGCUCCAAAGGAUUCUCAUUGCAGUCAUUUUUCCAGCUGGUCUGAGGCAUAGCCCUGCUCAGAAGCCUGGGAGCAGCCUGGGGUCUCUGUGCAAGAGUGAAGGUCAGUUUGUUUGUGGGCUGCUCACACACCCCUGCUCUGGGUGUCAGCACCCCACACUUGGGAGGGGGCCAGGGGCCACAUCUCCCAGGAUCACCUCCCACGCUCUGCUCAGUGCUACCACACAGCUGUGUCUCAUAGCCUGCUGCUGACAGCUCUCAGAAAGAACCAAACCCAUCUCCCUGGCUGCCAGCACCCACAAGGAGCAGCUGCCAGCAGCAGCACCUGUAUUCAGUGUCAGUGGCAUUGGUAACCUGGGCCUCUUGGCCAGGACACUGUGCAGGUGACAGCUCAGUACUCCCUUUUGUUUCCAGUCAGUCAGAAUCUGAUACCAAAGAUGAGCAUGUACCUGCAGUGGGCCCGGAGCUAUCAUCCUUGACACCUCUGCCACAAGAAUCCAGGCAGUGGAUGAUGCACCAGGGGCACUGCUGGGAGUGAAGGGCUGGGUGGCAUUGCUGGAGCUUUCUUCUUCUGUCCCUGUGAGCUGCAGGUCAGAAUUCAUCCCUUUGAGGAGCUCUCUUGAAGGCAGGAAUUCAGAGUGGAAUGAGCCCUCUCCAGUCUAAGCAGUGUGUUUGAGCCAGGACACAUCUCCUAGGAUCACCUGGCACAGCCUCUAAACUCUCACUAUUUGAGCAGAGUCCCACUUGAGUCUCCACAGGCUGCAAGAAAUCAAGAAAAUAAAACGAGGGUUUGGCCCUCCAGGGUCUCCUGGGCAGCUCAGGAGCCAGGAAUGAGGCUGGGCACUCAGAUGAGAGCUGCUCGCUCCAUACUCAGAGUACAGGUCCCAUUUUCUUCUGCCACUGUUGUCAUUCUCCAUUUUUGGAGAUUGUUUCAGAGAGGAGAACCAGUGAUUUAAAUAUACAAAAAUACUUGAAGGCUUAAAGAAAACUUUUAUAUUGUCUAAAGCCAAAUGACUGAGGCUGAUCAUGUCCAUGCAUUUAUAGUUUAGGUUGUCCUUUUAUGCAUCAUUUGCUCUUCACUGUCCAUUUGUAAUUUUUUUCACUCACUCCUGACAAUGUGAAGCGCAGGAUUGAAGAACUGAUCCAUGUUAAAACAAACCUUUUUUUUUUUUUUUUCCUUUCUUUCAAGCUUUGUUUUAACCCUGUUCUGGUGGCUGCUCUGUUCUGUCAUACAUUUGUGCCAGCAAAGGGAAGGGAUGAUCGAGGAAGGGCAAGGCUGGGAUAAGCUAGGACUGACACAGAAAGCAUUUGGGAAGUCAAUGUACAGGACACCAUCCACACAUCCAAAUGGGAAUUAGUUUGCAUGUGAUAACCUUGGGCUGAGCCUUAAUAUUAGAGGCAACAGAAGGUGGUCUGAAAGUUCAAGGCUUGAUUGUCCUGUAAGUAGUCUGAGGUGUGACAUACUUCACAGUUUCCUGGUAAGGAGAUUUGCUGCAGAAGAUGGAUUCUGCACUACAGGAUCAGUGCUUUUAAAGAAUACAUAUUUCCAGCUCUGGAAUUGAGAAAAUGUUUUAAAAGUGAAGAUAAUAUACCAAGCCCCACUAUCCCUACCUGAUCCCCUCUGCAGUCCCAAAAGCAUCUCUGGGCCAUGCCUGUGUUUUGCCAACUAAAGUAAAUCAACUACAGAUUGAAAGUUGGAAAGGAAGAUGAAAAAGGUAAUACAGCUUUGAUACUAACCUCAUAUUAACCCCAAGGAUAUCACUGUAAUUGUUAUUUGUUAUUUGUUUUCAUGUACAAUUUAAAAGAGAAAACAAGCUGCUAUAGAUCUGAUUUUCCACCCUGCUUCCCCAGAAGGGCCUAAAGUCCAUCAGCCUUUCACAGCAGAGUUCAGCCUGUAGAGGAGCUGAGUGUGGAGGCUUGCUCCUGCUCAGGACUGACAGGUUUUUAGUCAAGCUUGGGGAAAAUGAGCAAAAACCAGUGUGGAGGAUGAGUGCCUGUCCUGGGCACAGCUGUGUGCCCCACAAGGGCACUGAAGAGUCCUGCCCAGUGGAGCUGUGUGGCCUGUGCACCCUUCACUCUGGUGAGAGGCAGCCCCAAGUCCUGCCACCCGUGGAGCAGAGCUUGGCAUGGCCUCUGCAUAGCCCUGAGCUUCUGUUCCAUCACAGCAUGUCCUGAGGGUUUACAUCCAGACCAAAUUGUUUGCAGGCAAAGGAAGAAUGGGAACUGAAUAAUAAAAAUCACUUAGUGACAGAAUUUGGAGGGUUUCCUGGGACCACCACCUGGGGAGCAAUCUUUCAUGCUUACUCCAUGCAUGGUAUCUCUUGGGCUUAUGUACACAGAGUUUUUCUGACAGUAAGUGUUACAUCAAGUAUGAUCCAUGUUAAAUUCCUGCUGGGUUAUGACUUUAGUGCUAAUUACCUGCUUUCUGUUAAGUGUCUAAAUAAAAUGUAACUUCCAUCCUGUUGGAAGUCAGUGGUACC